AUGGAGGUGAGCUGUGAAGAGUUGGAGAAAGUGCUCGUCGGAUCAGACCCCGACAGAUUUUUCCAGAUUGGCUCGGAGCUUCCAGCACAGGAGAAGUUGGCGCUAAUUAAUUUUUUGCGCCGAAACGAGGAUGUAUUCGCUUGGGAUCCUUAUGAAGCCCCUGGGGUUGACUCAGACCUAAUACGCCAUCACCUCAAUGUUAAUCUGGAUAUUACCCCAAAGAAGCAGCCUCCUCGGCGCCCGUCAAGGGAGCAUGCAGAAGCUGUGAGGGAAGAAGUGGCAAAAUUGAAAAGAGCUGGGGCUAUCAAGGAAGUGUUUUACCCGGAAUGGUUGGCGAACACAGUCGUGGUGAAGAAGAAGAGCGGGAAAUGGCGAGUCUGUGUGGACUUCACGGACUUAAACAAGGCCUGCCCGAAGGAUCCUUUCCCAAUGCCGAGGAUAGACCGACUUGUCGACGCAAUUGUCGGCCAUCCCCGAAUGAGUUUCUUGGACGCUUUCCAAGGCUACCAUCAGAUAUCCUUGGCCACGGAAGACCAGGAAAAAACUGCCUUUGUCACCCCAAUUGGCAACUAUCAUUACAAGGUGAUGCCUUUUGGCCUGAAGAAUGCUGGGUCGACCUAUCAAAGGAUGAUGACUAGGAUGUUUGAACAACAGAUGGGAAAAACUGUCGAGGUGUAUAUAGACGAUAUGGUAGUAAAGAGUAAAUUGGUGACCGACCACAUCAGGGACCUUGGCGAGGUGUUUCACAUUCUGAGAAGGUACAAGCUGCGACUGAACGCAUCCAAGUGCUCAUUUGGAGUGGGAUCGGGGAAAUUCCUUGGCUACAUGGUAACCCACCGGGGGAUCGAAGUUAACCCUGACCAAAUAAGGGCCAUUCAUAAUAUGCAACCUCCUCGGAAUCCGAAAGAAGUCCAGAAGCUUACCGGCAUGAUAGCAGCUUUGAACCGUUUCAUCUCCCGCUCGGCGGACAGAUGCAGACCCUUUUUCCUCUUAUUGCACAAGUGGAAGGGUUUCGAGUGGACCGGGGAAUGUGAUUUGGCAUUCCAACAGCUCAAGGAAUACCUCGCCAGACCUCCGAUCAUGUCCAGUCCCGAGACCGACGAGGUGCUGUAUGCAUACAUCGCCGUCGCCGAACAUGCGGUUAGCCUAGUACUAAUCCGAGAGGACAACGGCACGCAGCGGCCCGUAUAUUACGUAAGCAAGUCGCUACAGGAGGCGGAAACCAGGUACCUCCCCCUCGAAAAGGCAAUAUUGGCUGUCGUGCAAGCUACAAAGAAGCUCCCCCACUAUUUUCAGGCACAUACAGUGGUUGUACUGACCCAGCUUCCAUUGAAAUCAGUCCUCCGUAGCGCUGACUACACGGGGAGAGUAGCCAAAUGGGGAACCAUCUUGGGCGCCUUCGACAUUAGGUACAUGCCACGCACUGCCAUAAAAGGUCAAGUUCUCGCCGAUCUGGUAGCUGAAUUUGCGGAGCCUACCUUGGAAGGGGUGGAAGUGUCGGGAUCGCCGAAUGACGAUAAGAGAUUGGUCAGCACGAUUUCUCUGCAAGAACACGAUAAGUGGAGAGCAUACAUCGAUGGUGCAGCGAACCAGAAGGGCUCUGGAGUGGGGCUCGUUCUGAUCUCUCCCGAAGGUAUAAUCUUGGAAAAGUCUUUGAGACUGGGAUUCACAGCAACGAAUAACGAAGCCGAAUACGAGGCACUGCUGGAGGGGAUGUCCAUGAUCCAGAGGUUGGGCGGAAAAUGCGCAAGCAUGUUCUCGGACUCGAGACUCAUAGUGGGGCAAGUAGGCGGGGAAUUGGAGGCGAAAGAUGAGAGAAUGCAGCGGUACCUGGCCCGAGCCAAACGCCUACAAGCGCACUUCGAAGACUUCCAUUUAACACAUAUACCCAGAAGCGGGAAUACCCACGCCGAUUCCCUGGCAACACUGGCCACAUCCUCGGCUCAGCCCCUUCCGCGGGUUAUUUUGGUCGAGGACCUCUGCCGCCCCACGGAAGAGGACACUAAUGGUAUUCGGGUACAUAACGUCGUUGAGGGACCAAGCUGGAUGGACCCUCUUGUCCAAUUCUUGAAGUACGAUUCCUUGCCGGACGACAAAGUCGAGGCCGACAAAAUCAGGAGGAGGGCUCCCCGAUUCUGGUUGUCUGAGGACUCCAAGCUUUACAGACGUUCGUUCUCCGGGCCAUACUUGCUGUGUGUGCACCCGGGGGCUACUGAACUCAUUCUGGAGGAGCUGCACGAGGGGAUUUGCGGAAGCCAUACGGGGGGUCGGUCCCUCUCCCACAGGGCUAUGACGUUGGGUUACUGGUGGCCGAGCAUGCAUAAAGAGGCUCUGGAAUAUGUGAAGAAGUGUGACCAAUGCCAACGGUUCGCUCCGAAUAUACAUCAGCCGGGUGGGGUACUUAACCCAUUAUCCAGCCCUUGGCCAUUUGCACAAUGGGGCCUCGACAUAUUAGGUCCGUUUCCCAAAGCUGCCGGGAACAAGAAGUUUCUUCUCGUCGGCACUGAUUACUUUACGAAAUGGGUCGAGGCUGAGGCGCUGGCAAACAUUAGGGAUGUUGAUGUCAAGAAGUUUAUCUGGAAAAACAUUGUCACCCGAUUCGGUACCCCACACACCCUAAUCUCGGACAAUGGUCUGCAAUUUGAUAGCAAGGCCUUUAGGGAAUAUUGCAGUGAAUUGGGGAUUGUCAAUAGGUACUCUACGCCAGCCUAUCCGCAGAGUAACGGACAAGCCGAGGCAAUUAACAAAACCAUAGUGAAUGGGCUGAAGAGGAGGUUGGACGACACAAAAGGGAGGUGGGUUGAGGAGCUCGCCCAUAUUUUGUGGACGUAUCGCACCACGCCCCGCCGAUCCACGGGAGAAACCCCCUUUUCGUUGACCUACGGGGCCGAGGCCGUCAUCCCAUUAGAGAUAAACUUUCCCUCCCAGAGGACUGCUACAUUCGACCCUAUUGUUAACAACGGGCUUCUAGAGAAAAGCUUGGACCUCCUUGAAGAGAGAAGGGAUUGCGCGAUGGUGCAUCUAGCUCAGUAUCAACAAAAGCUCAAGCGGGGCUAUGACGCCAAGGUGAGGUCGAGGCCUUUGACGCCUGGGGACCUGGUGCUGAGGAAAGUCCUGGGCAAUGCGAGGAACCCUGCAUGGGGAAAGCUCGGGCCAAACUGGGAGGGUCCAUACCGUAUCACCUCUGUGGCUGGCAUUGGAGCGUACUAUUUGGAAGACUUGGACGAACGUGUAGUGCCACGUCCAUGGAAUGUAAAUAACCUGAAAAGGUACUUUUAUUAAUGAAGAAUAUUUUA